ACUGUCCUGUCCCUGUGUUGUGCAGCAAGGCUAAGGCCAGGGCCCUGAACUGCUCUCCCACCCAACGUGCAUUCUGCAGUCUCCAGGGUCAGCCCUAAGGGGUGCCAACCCAAGCUGUCUGCUCACCUGGAAGCCCAUGAGGCUCCCAGUCCCCAGUGAGUGCAGCCCUGAAGGAUGUCCCAGCUCUCCUCCACCCUGAAGCGCUACACAGAAUCGGCCCGCUACACAGAUGCCCCUUAUGCCAAAUCAGGCUAUGGCACCUACACUCCCUCUUCCUACGGGGCCAACCUGGCUGCCUCUUUCCUGGAGAAGGAGAAGCUUGGUUUCAAGCCAAGCCCCCCAACCAGCUUCCUCACCCGUCCCCGUACUUAUGGCCCCUCCUCCAUCCUGGACUAUGACAGGGGCCGCCCCCUGCUGAGAACAGACAUCAUCGGGGGUGGUAAGCGGGCAGAGAGCCAGACUCGGGGCACUGACCGGCCUUCAGGGAGUGGACUCAGCGGGGGCAGUGGAUUCCCUUAUGGCGUAACCAACAACUCCCUCAACUACCUGCCCAUGAAUGCCCGCGACCAGGGGGUAAGCCUGACCCAGAAGAAGUCGAACAGUCAAUUAGACCUGGCCAGGGAUUUCUCCAGCCUGCGGACCUCAGAUAGCUACCGGAUAGACCCUGGAAACCUGGGCCGUAGCCCCAUGCUCGCCAGAACUCGCAAGGAGCUGUGUGCCCUGCAGGGACUCUACCAGGCAGCCAGCCGCUCCGAGUACCUGGCUGAUUACCUGGAGAACUAUGGUCGCAAGGGCAGCACACCUCAGGUGCCCACCCAGGCCCCUUCCUCACGAAUCCCUGAAGUCCUCAGCCCCACCUACCGACCCAGUGGCCGUUAUACUCUGUGGGAGAAGGGUAAGGGCCAGGCCCCUGGGCCCAGCCGCUCCAGCUCCCCAGGGCGAGACACCACGGAAACCCACUUCAGGACCUGUGUACUCGACGAUGGUCCAGCAGUCCUCCCGGAAAUACUCAGCUACCCCCAUAUACACUGCGCUUCUUACCCGCUACUUUUCUACCCAACAUGCAAUGGUCCCAUGCAAGCCCUACCCCACCCUGGACUGGAUGCUGAGGCCCCUAGACCACCAGUGUUCCCUGUGAAUUCUAAGAGUGCCCAGGGUCUGGCUGGUCUUAGAAACCUUGGGAAUACGUGCUUCAUGAACUCCAUUCUGCAGUGCCUGAGCAACACCCGGGAGCUGAGAGAUUAUUGCCUGCAAAGACUCUAUAUGCGGGACUUCAGCCACAGUAGCAAUGCACACACAGCCCUCAUGGAAGAGUUUGCAAAACUAAUCCAGACCAUAUGGACUUCAUCUCCCAAUGAUGUGGUGAGCCCAUCUGAAUUCAAGACCCAGAUCCAGAGAUAUGCACCGCGCUUCGUCGGCUAUAAUCAGCAGGAUGCUCAAGAGUUUCUUCGCUUUCUUCUGGAUGGGCUCCACAACGAGGUGAACCGAGUAACAGUGAGGCCUAAGUCCAACCCUGAGAACCUUGAUCAUCUUCCUGAUGAUGAGAAAGGGCGACAGAUGUGGAGGAAAUACCUAGAACAGGAAGACAGUCGGAUUGGGGAUCUCUUUGUGGGGCAGCUAAAGAGCUCCCUGACGUGUACUGAUUGUGGUUACUGUUCUACAGUCUUUGAUCCCUUCUGGGACCUCUCACUGCCCAUUGCUAAGCGAGGUUACCCUGAGGUGACUUUAAUGGACUGCAUGAGGCUCUUUACCAAAGAGGAUGUGCUUGAUGGCGAUGAAAAGCCUACAUGCUGUCACUGCCGAGCCAGGAAACGGUGUAUAAAGAAGUUCUCCAUCCAGAGGUUCCCAAAGAUCUUGGUGCUUCAUCUGAAGCGGUUCUCAGAAUCUAGGAUACGAACCAGCAAGCUCACAACAUUUGUGAAUUUCCCACUAAGAGACCUGGACUUGAAAGAAUUUGCCUCAGAAAACACCAACCACGCUGUUUACAACCUGUAUGCUGUGUCCAAUCACUCUGGAACCACAAUGGGCGGCCAUUAUACAGCCUACUGCCGGAGUCCAGCGACAGGCGAAUGGCACACUUUCAAUGACUCCAGCGUCACACCCAUGUCCUCCAGCCAAGUGCGCACCAGCGACGCCUAUUUGCUUUUCUACGAAUUGGCCAGUCCGCCCUCCCGCAUGUAGCCACAAGGAGCUACAUCCCUAUCUCUCUUCCCCGUGGUGGCUCCACAACCUGUUGUUUUUUUUUUGUUUUGUUUUGUUUUUUAAAGACAAAAAAAAAGUGACAAAUAAGAGGAAAAUAAAGUAAACUAAAGCUGCCGAGCAGGAGUUGCUGCAGCCUGCCUGGUCAGGGUCUGGAGCGGGGAGCCAGGCGCUCCUGAGCUACACCUGGCAGGGAAGAUCACUAGGACAUGGAGACUGAAGCCAGCACAGUGACCCCUCGACUUCUAUUGUUUGCAUUUUUAAGCUUGUGGUUUUUUCCUGAGUGUAAUCAACAACAGCAGCCUGUGGAAGAUCUUAGUUCACUUGCUGCAGGCUGCAGCCCCUGCUCCUCCCAAGAAGACAGCGCCCUCUGGAGCCGGCUGGAAGGAUCUCUGCCUGGAAGCUCCUACGCCGGAGCCUGGCCCUGGGUCUUCAUCUGGACCCUGCUUACUGGCCCAAAAGCAAGAAAAACACCCAUGAGCCAAGAGCCCUCUCAACGCUGCUAACUCCAGGGGGACAGACCAGGACAUCUUUGAAAACAGCUGUUUUUGGUUUUUAAAAGCCCAACUUUUUUUUUUUAUUAUCAUAACUAAAGUUUUCAGACUGGAGAUGCUCUCCUUCACACCUCUUCACAGCUGAGAUGUGUGCUGGUCAUUUUUUUUUUUUUUAAUUCUUCAAAUACAACUUUUCUAAUGCUAGCCCCCAGUGGUGCUAGGUAGGUGUUGUCCAGGCCCCAAGCUCAGCCACUGUAGACCUGGGAUCUAACAAGUUUUUGUUUUUUGGUUUUUAGGGUUUUUUUUUUUCAAUGUUUUGGAUGGAAUCUAGUUGCCUCUAAGAAUUGUGCCUUAUAGCAUUUGGGGACCAGGGGGUAACUGCCCCUCCCUGAAAUAUCCCUCAGCCUCUUCCCUUUUCCCCAGUGCCAUGAUCAAACUGGCUGGGAGAGAUGGGGGUUAUGCCCUUAGCCCCUGGCUUGUUUGCAUUGCAGUGAGAUGAAAAGGAGGGUAGGUAAAAGGAGAUUUCUUAUGAUAGUGUAUCAAGUUCUUCUGCCCACUUCCUCUAACCCACCCCUGGUCUACUCCCCGGCUGUUUGAAGGAUAGCACAAGCCCCUUAUCCCUAGAGCUUCUCCCACCUUUAAUUUAUUCCCUCUUAACGUACUUUUUCCCCCCUGACCUUCCUUCCCCACCUCAGAGCCUCCUAGACAUAGGCCUUUUGGACCGAGUUUCUCAGGGAUGCCCAUGCCGCCCCUCAGCUCCCCUUAGCAUCAGUCUUCAGUCCUACCCGGGGAGCUGGAGCCUGGGUAUUUUGAGACUUCUUGCCUCAGCCCUGUGAUUCUUUCCCAUGGGCGUGAUUUUGCCCUAAGUAGCUGGGCAAAAUUCUGUGCUGUCCCAGGGAGUAAAGCUGUCCAGCCCCGAGGCAAAGAGGCAAAGAGCUCUAUGUGUGGAAUAGAGCUCUUUGCACCCACACAGCUGGCCUGGCUUGUGCCUCAUGGAGCCUGGCGCUUUCCAGGGCUCCCAGGAGGAGGCAUCAGAGAAAGACACCCCGAGUUUAACUGGCCUGACACCCUUCUCCAGGGAAGACCUAUGAACCUGAGCCAAAGGGCUGGUGUACACUUGUUUACUGUGUAAGCAAGAGUGGAAGAACGUCUAAUGUACAUUGGAACCUUGUACAGAAUAAAUAAUAGCUUUGAGAAAUACA